UUGUCCUCCCCAGAUGAGAGUUAUGGAAAUGCACCGAGAGGUGCAAGUCGCUAUGCAACAAAGUGAUCUGUGGUGGAAAUUCUACGCUUGCGGUACAGAGAUGGUUAUUACGCGCACAGGAAGACGGAUGUUUCCCACACUUGCUCUGUCUUUCCUUGGUAUGGAUCCUCGACGUUUCUAUUCAGUUCAUGUAGACAUCGUUCCGGUAGAUGGGUACGCGUAUACGUUUGUGAACAAUAUGUGGCAAAUCAAUGGAAUGGCGAGCGAGAUGCACGCUUUACCUUACAUACAGUCUUACCAAGCGGAUGAAGUCGCUCAUACCGGGCUCUAUUGGAUGAAAAAUGGCGUAGACUUCAAGAAGGUUCGUCUUACAAAUCGUCGCGUUGGCCCGUUCAAAGACGGCGAGCUCCAUUUGAGUCCAAACAGAAAAUACCAGCCAAGAAUUCACGUUGUUGAAGAAACAGAGGAAGGUGUAAAGGUGUCAUGUUCAACAUACGUGUUCCCUGAAACCACUUUCAUCGCCGUAACAACUUACCAGAAUGAAGAGUUAAUUCAAAUGAAAAUCGACCAUAACCCAUUUGCCAAAGGCUUCCGAGACAAAGGAUCAAGACGAAGAUAUCUUACGUAUGAACAUAGGGAUGAUGUGUCAGAUAGUUCCCAGGCUUCUUUGAACGCACUCUGCUUUUCGACGACAAGAAAUGUCGAGAGAACACCGGAAACCACUCUCGUACCUGCGCCUCUACACUUAAAACUUCACGAUUUGCCACAAUACUGAGACCUACAUCAACAGAGGAACUUCGCACGCCUUACAUGUCUAUCCUUACAACGCCAAUAAAUGAAAAUAGGUAGCGUUCAAACAUUGACUCCCUGAGGGUAGCCUCGAAUUAGAUAUGAGCCCAGCGGAUGAAAAAUAGUAAAAACAAGGAGUCGAAAGAAAUCAGGAGUAUCCUGGAUUUAAGCAAAUGUGACACAGCCCAAUGUUUUGUUGAAAAACUUCAAGAUACCCAUUCAAAAAAUACCGAUGUUCUGUUUCACUGAUGUGCUAUAACUAACCCAUUGGGUUGUCCAAGCCUCCAGUUCGUGAACGGUGAGCGAUAAGUGACCCAGACCCCCCAUUACUUUUCGCUGUGGGAUUUUAUCGCACCCCUUUUUCGAGUAAGAGAGGGAUUCAACGCCGCAUGGCAGCUCACUGGAAUUUUUUAUUAAAAAAACAAAAUCAGGUUGGCUGAUGUGAAUAGCUUCUCCUAUGAAUUUCAAUUAAUGUACAUAAAGAAAACGCAUUUUGACUAAGUAAAAAAGGAGAAUUUUUGUAAAAAGUUACUGAUUAUAAGAUUUUUGUUCGAAGUGGUGCAAAUAGUUAAGUUGCUAAGGAUAUCAUAAUAA